GGUGCCGGACCAGCUCAUCUAAUCGACCAUGCCCGCAACGCACGACGUGUUAGGACCGGCUCUAGCAUAAUCUCCUCGGUCGCGAGCCAGGAGUGUAAGAGAGGCGCAAUACUAUAUCUAUAUAAACGUUGGGGCCGGUUGAUGUCGUAAUUACUUUACAUCGUGAAGGGCAGGAGGCGUCAGGCGGACGGGGCUGUUUUGGGUCCACCACGCCACAUUUCGUGCCAUGUCGGGCGCGCUCAACCCGUCAACCGGCAACGUCAGUCGUUUUCACGCCAGUCCAGCCACGGCCAGCACUUUUGCCACACCUGAAUGCGGCUCGAGUGCCGCAGCCGCAGCAGCCUCUUUUCUAGAACUAACCGGUCCUUCGGCAGCCGCGAGUUUUCCAUACGAUUUUGGUCUGACGGGUUUCCGUAGUUCUGCCACCCAUCACGCCGCAGCUAACUUCGGGGUGUCUUAUUUCGCCGCCGCCACCACUCCGGACGCCGUCGAUAAUUACUCUUCUUUGGCUUGGGACGGACAAUCGCCCUUCGCCACCGGAUACCAGAACCAAAGUAGCUUCGCCGGGGUGUCUUGUGACUUUUCCUCUUUCUCCCUGGCCGGCGGCGCUUGCCACGUACCCAGCGGACGUCUACCUGGCAUGGCCGUUCAGAGAUUUGGUGCUCAAGUUCGUAAUGGCGCCGGUUGUCCCGGCAACGGGAACACCGUCAACGGCGGAAGUGUCGUCAACGGUUCCAAGUCCAAACCGAGAAGGCGCGUGGCCACCAUGGCGCAGAGGAGGGCGGCCAACAUCCGAGAGAGAAGAAGGAUGUUCAAUUUGAACUCCGCCUUCGACAAACUGAGAAAGAAGGUUCCCACGUUUGCCUACGAGAAGAGGUUGUCUCGCAUCGAAACUCUUCGCUUGGCCAUCAUGUACAUCGCCUUUAUGACCGAAGUGGUGGGGGGUAAAGAGCCCGACGACUCCAGAACUCGGCGCGACAGACUGACCGUCGGGCCCCCCGCUUAUAAUUCGGGUCACGUUCUGGGGGAAAGUCAUCUCUGGUCGGCCACUCACGGCCAUUCGCCUCUGACCGACGGUCACCUGCCAAGAACGGAUCGUCUUAACCAUCUUUGCUCCAGACAGGUUUAAAUCGCGGUCCACCAGACGCCCAACACUUGGAAAAAGACGCUAAAGUGUCCUCCCAAUAGGCCACUUUCCGGCAACUUCCACGCUCUCUUUCGGGAAUUCCUCCGGAACGACACAGGUAAAGCCAUUGAAUACAUUUGUUUUUAUCCGAUUCGCUCGGUCUACUCGAACGGAUUAAUCUAAAAUAUCCGAUUUAAAAUGUUUGUAGGUUUCCCGUUUUUAAGGAA